AUGUCCAGCAGCCAAGUAACCCCUAGUAUAGAAGUGACAGUGAGGGUUAAAACCCAACAGGUUAUAGUACAAGAAGCUCCAAAUGAGGACGCACUUCCGCUGCGGAGGUGGCAAGUUCAGUUAUGCAUGCUGAAUGCUAAUGGGCUUGAGGUGCCGCUCGAUAUCGCAUCAUCGGUAACGUAUACACUACAUCCGUCGUUUGAGACCCCGGUACAGAAGAAAGUGCACGCACCUUUCACAAUAGAGGAACAAGGUUGGGGUGAGUUUCUGAUGAAGAUUACCGGGAAGUUGCUCGAUAGUAAAGUCAAAUUCACUAUUACGCACGACAUAGUGUUCUCUGAUCCAGCGUAUGCUGUAGAUUACACCGUCGUAAUACCAACACUCUACCCUCUUGUGAAAGACAAGCUGGCUCUGUAUUUUGAGUUGCCAGAUCCGGAAGCAGAACUAGCUGCCAGUACACCGAAACCGAACUUACCGUGGGAUGUAAUUUUACAAGAGAUGGAUGAAGAUAUGGUCACAGAGCUCGUACAAUUAAUAUUGAACGAUGAAAGCGUCAAGAAUGAAGUUAGUAGAUACAAUAGUGACGAAAGGGUUUACAUAUCUUUCGGGCAAUUUCCUAUUGAACUUAUACAAAAAAUGGUCCAAUACGUGGAGCGAUGGAAGCGAGGAGAACUAACUGUAGGGGAAAGGCAAGAGGAAGAAGAUGAUGAUGAGGAGGACAUUUUUGGGGAUAAUCACGCUGUCUUUGCGAAAAAGAAACUAAAGAGAGGUUCAAAGGGGAAGGCGAAAAUACAUGCAAAGAAGACGUGUAAGUCGAAAGAACAAGAUAAAAUAAAUGGGAAAAUUGUAGAAAAGGUUAUAGAAUAA